GCCUAUGAAAUAUGAAUAAAAAUAAUGCUUUGCUAUUUUCAAGCAUCAAAACCCCGGAUGUCAAAUCCCAUCAAAUGAUUUUUGGUUUUUUGUCCUCAUUGAGAGGUGAAACCUUUUAGUAGAACUGUCAUAUAACUGAGAGCGCUUGAUGGGUUUUGUUGUCUGACAGGAAAGAAGAUGGGAAGGGGACCUUGUUGUGAUCAAGAUGGAGUAAAGAAAGGACCCUGGACUGCUGAAGAAGACUAUCUCUUGGUUCAGUACAUUCAAAAAAAUGGUUUUGUUAGCUGGCAUAGCCUCCCUAAGAAAGCAGGCCUCUUUCGAUGUGGGAAAAGCUGUAGGCUUCGGUGGACAAACUAUCUUCGCCCUGACAUUAAACGGGGUCGCUUCUCUCCUGCAGAAGAGGCCACUAUUAUUCAUCUUCAUGGCAUCCUCGGUAACAGGUGGGCACACAUUGCAUCUCAAUUACCUGGAAGAACAGAUAAUGAGAUAAAAAACUUCUGGAACUCCCACCUGAAGAAGCGUCUCGCUUCCAUUGGUCCGAAGUUGCAGAUCAACCAGUCCUCUAAUCCUAUCAAUAUCAUGUGUGAAUCUCCUUACUGCCACAUGGUACAGUGGGAGAGUGCUAGGGUUGAGGAGGCUCGCUUGUCAAUGCAGUCAUUGCUCGUAAAACACACAUCAACAGUCAAGGGCCAUCCUGAUAUCUUUAUCCAGUUAUGGAACUCUGAAGUUGGGGAAGCAUUUCGCAAUAUCAAAGGAAAAGAUGUCGAAACAUGUGAAAGCCUUGUAUCUGACGCGCAUCCAUGUGUAAAUAUUGAACCUGUUUUGCUUGACGACACAGCACCAGCAACGCCUAACAAAACAAGUACCUCCAUUGACACCACUCAGGAACAAGAAGAUACUUGCAAACCAAGUGCAGAUGUUAUGUCUAUUUCAGACUCCAUCGGUUCCAAUGAAUUUGCAGAUUCUUCAGAUACAGCACUGAAACUACUGCUGGAUUUCCCAGGAGGCAAUGGUAUGGAAUUGAUAAGAGAAAACUUGCUUGGUUUUAGGUGCGACUGAAACAGCCUCUUGCAUUUUGCAAGAUAUGGUGGCACUCCAGGAAGGAGCUGAUGGUGAUUUUUUGGGUACCCUCCCUGUUUUGCCUUUUCAUUUCCAGUAUUUAGGCCAUCUAGUUUCCUAUUUUGGUUGACAACUCUCUGCUUGAAAUCGAAGAAGGUAGAGGCAGCAGAGUUUAUAAUUGGAAUCCAGCAACAGUUUGCUGUGUUUCUAGUUUUCAUUCCAUGCCUUCUUUGCUAAACUCAAAUGGGGUCCAAUAGAAAACGUUGCCGGAUAGAAGAAACCUUUUUAAGGUCUACAGUUCAAAGGAGUACCAGAGAUGUUUUUGUCUGCUCUGUUACAAUAGCACCAAGUGAUCCUGAUAGUCCAUAGUUGAGUAUGAAGUCGUGAAGGGUGCCUUAUGUGUAUAGAAUACCAUAUUAGAUUAAAUACAAGUUUCUUUCUGGUUUUCAUCUA